ACUCCCGGGCUGCAGGAGCCGUCCCGCGGACGGGACGGGGGGUCCCAGCGGCGGGUCCCUCCCAAGGGUCUGCUCGGCGGUGUCGCUUCGCGCCCGGACCAGCCCGUGGCCACCAGCCCCGGGCUGCACCAGGCAUUGAGGAGCCGGAUACUCAAACAAGGGGCCCAGGAGCAGAGCUGCGGCAGGAAGCCGACCGGGGCCGUAGUGCUCCGCUGCCCCUCUGAGUGGAGAUAGUGCCAGGGAAGGGGCUCUGCCAGCCCGGAGCAGGGUGGGACCCCACUGGGGGCAAGGGAGGGGAGCCCCUGGAGUUAACCCUGGUCAUGGAAGGGGGUUGGGUGUGAGCUGAGCAGCCUCUAGUCUACGCAGCAGACCCUCAGCUCCUACCAAGAGCCCAGUCUACUUGUGCCCAUCUAUCCUGGACAAGGGCAGCCAUGGCCUGCUGGUGGGCCGGCUGGCUGCUCCUGCUGGUGGAGGCUUGGGGGGCCCACCUGGCACAGGGGACACUGGAGCCCUGGGCCCAGGUGGCUCCGUGGCUGGGAAACACAUCCACGUUCCAGGCCAGCAGCCUGCAGCGCCACCUGCCCCAGGGAAUUAUCAUCGGGGUGCGGAAGGGGGGGACGCGGGCCCUGUUGGAGAUGCUGGCGCUGCACCCCCAGGUGGCCGCUGCCCGUGCCGAGGUGCACUUCUUCAACCGGGAGGAGAACUACCAGCGGGGGCUGGGCUGGUACCGCCAACAGAUGCCCCUGUCAGGCCCCAGCCAGCUCACCGUGGAGAAGACCCCAGGCUACUUCUCCUCCCUAGAGGCCCCUGAGCGCAUCCGCGCAAUGGACCCUGCCAUGCGGCUGCUGCUCAUUGUGCGGGACCCGGUGGAGCGGCUGGUGUCAGACUACACCCAGAUCCUGUACAACCGCCAGGCACGGUACAAGCCCUACCCGCCCCUGGAGCGGCUCCUGCUGCGGGGGGACCGGGGCCUCAACACCCGCUACAAGGCCAUCCAACGCAGCCUCUAUGCCCUGCACCUGGCCCGCUGGCUGGCUGCUUUCCCCCUGGCCCACAUCCAUGUGGUGGAUGGGGGUGGCCUGAUCCGCGAGCCCCUGCCUGAGCUGCGCCGCGUGGAGCAGUUCCUGGGCCUAGCACCCAGCCUGGGCCCUGAUAACUUCUACUUCAACCAGACCAAGGGCUUCUACUGCCUGCGGGUCGGGGCCCACCAGCACUGCCUGGACAAGUCAAAGGGGCGGCCCCACCCACCCAUCACUGAGCAGCUGCUGGAGCAGCUCUGCACCUACUUCAGCGCCCACAAUGAGCACUUCUUCAGGCUGGUGGGGCGCACAUUCAACUGGUGCUGAGCUGGGCGGGGCUUGUGGGGACAGACACCCCCCCCAUGUGAUGAGCCCUGCAGGGACAGAUCCCUCCCGCCCCAGGGCAGAGGCUGUGAAAUGGGGGGGUAUGGAAAUUGGCACCACAACAGGCUGGGCAGCUCUUCCCACCCUCCCAGCUCAAAGGACUUAGGUGCUCAGAGCAGGCUGUGAGGGGGCUCCUGCUGGGGCUGUAUCCCCUGUACAUGGGACAGAAAGGGGGUGGGAGAAACCAAUCAGGGCAGGAGUGGGGGGCUCCCCCUACCCCACAGAGACAAGGCAGAGGCCCACAGCUGCCCCAGAAGCACACUCCUAAAUGGGUCCAGAAAGAAACCUUUGCCCCGCAGAGCUGUGGGGCAAGGCAGGUGGGAUGAAGGGACAGGGGGCUUCUACAAUUCAGGGCAUCUGCCCCCUCAGGCUGCCAACUCCCCAUCCAUCACCUCCUGGGGGGGGGGUAGGAGACCCACCUCUCCCAACAGAGGCUGCCUGUUUUCCUGCCCACUCAAUUCCCCAGGCAGCCUACAGUGCCUUCUCUGCAGGCUAUAUGCAGCAUUACAGGCCCAGCUCUUCCUAAGCAAACCCCAGCUUAAGGCAAAAACCCAACAGAGCUCACAUUAAACCCCUCCCUUGGUUUAGGGGUUUGUCUUUUGCAGCCCAGGGGUGUCAGGCUCACUCUGGCUGGGGCAGGCUGGCAGCUGAAGCCAGGUGCCCACUUAUCCUGGCUUUUGGCUGACUCCUGCCUGGAGGAGAGCACAGUGUGUUGUGUCAGUGCAAGCCAUUCAGGCUGCAGCCCACAAGACUUCCUGCUCCCCCCACCCCACUGGGUUGGAAGCCCAGGCCACACCAAGCCCAGCUGCUCCAUCUCCGCUGCCCCCUGGUCACCUAUGGCCAUUGCAGGUUGGUGCCUGUGGAGCAGCUGGCCCAUUUCCCGCCCCCCCAGGCAGCCAGCUGCCAGGCCAGCUCCUCCCUCAGGGAGAGCACUCAGGCCUUGCACCUUUGCCUGCAGAGAUGUAACAGCAGCUUAGUGCAAGGUGGUUAUUGCCCUCUCGUGUCUGGCUCUGGGAACUACAGGUACCUGUUACCACUGUAACCCAGUUGCAUCAUUAAAAAUGGCAGUGGGGUGUGGUUUUGGUGCUGGAGUCACUCAGAGCCCAUGGGUGGACACAUUUCACACCCCUUCCCCCCCCCCCCUUGUUACAUAAACUCAGAACACAGCCUCAUAACUCUAGUACUGAAGUAUGCUCUGCCAGCAGGCCUAGCACGAGUGUUAACAGUGCCAGUUCUGUCCUGCAUGGGGUUUGAACCAUCAAAGCCCCAACUGCCUUGGCCUGGCAGCCAAGGAAAUAGGGAUGAACUCCCUCAGCUAUAGCACUAGGUAGAAGCACACAGAGAAGCCCCAGAACAGCCCAUGGGGGUCACAUGGCUAUGCACACAACCUCACACCCAGCCUGUACCUUAGUUCAGCUCCUGGGGUCCCCUCCCACAGGGUAACAAAGGUGACUGUCUUUUCAUUCCUGUAUCCCACUGAAUGUCAGUGCUCUAACUCUUUGACAAAACCUUUGCGAUGGGUCUGCAGCACAUGUCAGGGAGACCCAGCUGAGCGGAGGCAGUGGCAGUUAGUGCUGGCACUGAGGAUGGCUGCUGCCAGCUGAACAUGGAUUAAGUUCAAUGAGAUUUUUUUUUUAAUUGGGUACAACCACCACUAGGGAAAUGGUGUCUACAUUGUUGGGGUGGUUUGUUCCCCCAACCAGUUCACGGUAAUGAGGCACAGAAUUGAGUCCUGAGCAAAAGUCCCAGGGUCAAAUUCCAAUUUAGGUCUUUGCUCUGUAAUAGAAAAGAGGAAAGUUCUUCCCAUCCAUCCAAAGCUUUGAAAUAAGAAAACUUUCCCUCUAAAAAAAAAAAUAUAGAUUUUUGAAUGGAAAAUGUAGUUAAAAUUCUUCCACUGAUGGGGUUAGAUCCAAUACAUGCCACUGGCAGGAGUGUGAGGAUUUGCCACCCUGCCUGCUGCCCCAAACAUCCUGUUACGUUAACUGCCAGACCAGACAUGAGACUGGAGAUGGUUAUUCCCAGACUGACCAUUUCCAAUGUCAAUUUCCAGGUCUGACCUGAAUGGCCAUUACCAUGCCGAGUACCUUCCCCGGGAACCUGUAAGAGCUCCUCGCACUGAGGGCUAAGAGGAUAGGCCACUUGGAGGCAGCCAUAAAGAGCCCUCUAUCAAGUCUCCCUUUCCUAUGUAUGUAUUUUAGAUUAUGUUCAAGUCACUCCUUAACCCUCUCUUUGAAGAGUUAUAUAUCUCAGUCUCCUGGAGUCCCUCACUAUAAGGCAUGUUUUCCAACACUUUAAUGGUUGUCAUGUCUCUCUUCUCAACCCUCUAAUUUUUCAGCACCUUUUGUUAACUGUGGACACCGGAGCUGAACACAGUAUUCUAGAAGCAACCCCAGUGCCAAAUAAUUUCACAGUUUAGCUGUUUGAUGCAAGAGCCUCAUUUUCACUGUUCUGAUCUCAGCAGCACUGUUUCAGAGAUUUAGAAAGCCAAACCAUAUAGAUAGUUCCCUCCCCUCCUCUAAGUCCUGGUAUGUAGCAUUUUCUGUUUAUAUAAGCAUGGCAGACAUAGGACCUUUAGAGUUCUUCAGAUUCAAAGCUUUGAAAAAAGGCCAAUUCUAGAGCAGGCUGAAAAUAGUUAAACCAGUCUGAUCAGCAUUACAAGAUACGCUAGUCUGCACAUUUCACCACACCAAGCUAUUUUGCCACAGUCCUUGCUGCUUUCAUAUUCAAACACAAAAAAGUCUCUCCUCAGAUCUGACAGUGCUUGGUGCAGUGAUAGUUCUCAUAAGUGAAACUCAUUCUCAUGGGGAAUGACUGGUAGAUAAGUUGGUGGGUAAAAAAAAUAAAACCUCUUUCUGAAUUGAGAACUUAUUUAUGAAUGCACAGAUCCGUAAUAUUUUUGCUGUUGUUACAAAAAGUGAUGGACUCAGAAUUGUGCCAACAUUAACAACAUCCACCAGGUUGGACUUGUGCUAUUAAAAAAAAAUCUGAAAGACAGAAUCAGAUGCUUUCAAGUAGCCAUAAGGGGAUGGAAAUCAGAAGCUAGUUAAAUGACAGUUUACACUGUCAAAAAAAUUUGCUCAUUUAA